GUAGGCUUCUCAGAGCAGCUCUGAGAUAGUUUAACUAUAAUUUGAGGUCAUAGGUAGCAGACCCAAAGCAGUUCGGUAAAACCUCGCGUUUUUGCUCACUCGCCAGAGGCACCAGCCUCGCCUCAGCUUUCCGGGCGGCGCAGACACCUGCAAUCAGCAGGGCAUAGGAACCACCUGGAACAGCUGGUUCUCUUGGAAUCCUCUUCUCCGCGGGCAAGUUCACUUACAAAUCAGUUCUUGCAGCACAAAGAAAACCUUCUCUCCAGAUCAUCCAAGGGCAUUUGUGCCCACCUCUGAGUGUGGAAAAUUUCCACGCAGAGAAGAUCGAGGUGGGGCCCCCUCGGCGGGGACGCGGGGACCCGGGCCGGCGGCGGGAAGGGUGCGGGGGGCCGCGCGCGAGCGGUGGUGGGGCGGGCGCUCGCUGCCUCCGCGGGGCCGCCUAUUUAGGGCGCGGCGGGCUGCACGGCCGGGCUGCGCCUAUGGCUGCCCUGGGGGACGAGGGGCUGGACGGUUACAUGUACCCGGCGUGCGCCCCCUGCUCAUACCCGAUCCCCUACCUGCCCGCCGCUAAGGGCAAGGGCGCGGCGGGCGGGGCCGACUGGCGGCACCGGGGCGGGAGCUACCCUCCCGCCUCCUCCUCGUCGUCGUCAUCCUCGGCCGGGGCGGCCCCGGCGGCUCUCCCGGGCUGCGGGCAGCUGGCGGCCGCCGACUACUUCGACAGCUACCAGCGGGCGCAGCUCAUGGCCCUUCUGUCGCAAGUGAGCCCGAGCCUGGCCCCGGCACUGCGCAGGGCCGGCGGCCGCGACGUGGCGGUGCAGGUGAACCCGCGCCGCGACGUCUCGGUGCAGUGCUCGCUGGGGCGGCGCACGCUGCCGCGCCGGGCCCGCGACCCCGGCUCCCCGGCUGGCCCCGGGCCUGGACCCCUCCCCGAGGGCGCGGGCGGCGGCUCAGCGUCCCCGCAGCCGGCGCGCCAGGGCCCCGGGCGGGGCAGCCCCCCGAGCAGCGCGCCGCGGCCCGUGCGCUUCCCGCGCACCGUCGCCGUGUACUCGCCGGUGGCCUCCCGCCGCCUCACCACCCUCCUGGAAGGGGCCGGGGGCGCGGCGGGGGAGCGAGGGCCGCCCUCUCCGAGGCCCCGAGGCCCCGAGGCGGGAGAGACGUCGGUGAGGACGGCACCCCAGCAGCCGCAGCCGCAGGACGAGGAGGAGGAGGACGAGGCCCAGGGCGCGGGGUCUGGGCUGCCGCCGCGGGAGGCACCGGGAGGGGAGGCGGCCCCGGGGCGCGCGCCGAGCAGCCUGGAGCAGCCCCCGCCGGGCGGUAUGGCCCAGGCUGCCACGGGCGAGAGGCCGUCGCUGCGGAGCCCCGAGCCGGGCAAGGAGCGCCUGCGCUUCCAGUUCCUAGAGCAGAAGUAUGGCUAUUACCACUGCAAGGACUGCAACAUCCGGUGGGAAAGUGCCUACGUGUGGUGUGUACAGGGCACGAACAAGGUCUACUUCAAGCAGUUUUGCAGAACUUGUCAGAAGUCUUACAACCCUUACCGAGUGGAGGACAUCACCUGUCAAAGUUGUAAACAGACUAGAUGCUCCUGCCCAGUAAAGCUUCGCCACAUUGACCCCAAAAGGCCUCAUCGUCAGGACCUGUGUGGGAGAUGCAAAGGCAAACGCCUGUCCUGUGACAGCACUUUCAGCUUCAAGUAUAUCAUUUAGAUGAAAGUCAAAGAGGGGGAAAAAAGGUCCUGCUGGAUGUGUGCUAGUGGGACAGCUAAGUUAGCUUUUUCCGUGCUCCUCCUUUCUGCCUCUCCCUUCUCAAGAUAUGUCAGGAAAGGCUGUGUUUUUGGCAAAGCCUUUAAAUAAAAG